AUGCUUGAUUCUUGUUUAGUGGUCCUACCCCUGAUAGUUUUCUUCGUUGGUGUAGAUAUGCAAUUCAUAUUUCCAGAAGUAAAGCUUAAGGAGGCUGCUAACACAUGUUUCCAUCAUCACCUGGAAGUUGUGGAAAUUGUAGGGUAUCGUGGUCAUCAAAUGGAUGAGAGUGAUGCAGAGGUGGAGGAAGAGGAUGCAAGACAGCAACCUUUGCACGAGCUUAAACGGGAAGUGCAUGCUGCUAUAAGUUUUGAAUGCCUCUAG